AUGGCGGGCGUUCACCCUCAGGUAGGCUGAGAACUGAACCUUUGCUUUUUUUUAACCCACUAAGGUGUUUUUUUGUCAAGAUUUAACAGACGGAAACGGCAGAAAAACCGGAGCUAACGUCUGUUUAGCUAGCAGCUCAGAGUGAAAACUGUCAAUACUGAGGAGACGUGGCAGCACAGAAAGACAAAAACCGUCUGUUUCUGUCUGUUUUAACCUCUUUUUGAUCUUUUUAAGAGCACAUUUUGACAGAAAACAUUGUUAUCUGUAUUAACCUACAUAAACCUGUCCUCUGAGACCCUGAGCUUCUAUUUCUGUCUCUGUUUCAGGACGACCUGCUGAAAAUGACACACAGAGAAAACUGGAAGUGAGUUCCUCCUCCUCCUGUUUUUACUCUUUUUUUUCUGACUUUUAUUGAUUAUUUAAUAAACAUGUGAAUUUAAUUCCUCUUUAUCCGUCUCAGGGUCCAGCAUGAGCGCCUCCAUGUGAAGCACAGAGGUCAUGAGGCCAUGCAUGCUGAGAUGGUUCUGAUCCUCAUCGCCACUCUGGUGGUGGCCCAGAUCGUCCUGGUCCAGUGGAAACAGAGACACCAUCGGUCCUACAAUGUGAGCAUAAAACAAGACGAAGAUUUUAUUGAUUUGAGCUUCUCCUUUACCCCCCGAGACUUCCUUAACCCUCAGUUCCUUUUAAUUUUAGCUCCUUUCAGCCUACUUUGUCCCCAAAACAGACAUGUAGAUAAGUGUUUAUAAAAUAAGCAUUUUUUAAAAACUUUUUUCUUACUUUUUUCGACUCGUAUCUCUUAAACAACUUCAGCCCUAACCAUUAAAAAAAUAAUAAAUACAAAAUUCGCUGCUAUACCCUCUCUGUGCCUGGUUUUGUGCGCCGCACCACUGCUAUUUUUAACAGUGAAAAAAAAAAAUUGCCAUAUUUCGCUUAUAAAUUGACCUACAUGAUUCAUUUUCUGAUUAAGAGUCUGAUGUCAAUGAUGAGAAGUAAAACCGCUUUUUGGAGUGUUGAAAUUCUUUUUGUUGUGCCAAUUUUUCGUAUUUGAAGCUCCAUCCAGGCUACUUUGUCCCCAAAACGGACAUGCAGGAAAGUGUUCAUAAAACCUUUUUUUGGAAAAAUGUUCUUACUUUUUUUGACUUCUAGCUCUUAAACAACUUCAGCCCUUACCAAUUAAAAAAUUCGGGGUUGCACCCUUUUUGUGCCAGUUUUUGUGCGCCGUAUCACUGCUAUUUUUGAUGGUAAAAAACACAAAAACGCCAUAUUUCUCAUAUUAAUUGACCUACACAUAAUUUUUUUUUUGAUCAAGAGUCUGGGCCAUGUCAAUGAUAAGGAAAAAAAAACGUUUUUGACACAUUCAAAAAUUUUUUGUAGGUCUAAUUUUUUGUUAUUUUAGCUCCAUCCAGCCUCCUUUGUCUCCAAAACGGACAUGCAUAUAUGUUCUCAUAAAAGGAUUUUUUACAAUUUUCUUACUUUUAUUUGACUUGUAUCUCUUCAACAACUUCAGUGCUAAUCAUUAAAAAAAUAGUAAAAUAAAAAAUUGGAUGUAUUACUCUUUUUAUUCCAGUUUUUGUUCACCAUGUCAUAUUUAUUGAUAAAGUCUAUUGGAGCAGAAAAACACGACAUUUUCUCCAUUUUCUGGAGCCUCAUCUUCUACCAAAUCAAAUACAAUCAAAUUCAUUUGUUCAUAAUACAUUAAUUUUAUAUAUAUAGUCAUAUAAAAUCAGAAGAUAUCUGUAAGAGAGGAAUCAUUUAUAAGUGUUUAUCCUCCUCUAACCAAAAUCUGACCGUGAUUACGCUGAUAUAUAAAUAACUGUAUAUUUGAGAUGUGAUAUCUUCUCCCCUAACGAUCUGAAGGACCUGUUCAUCCUCAUGCAUGUCCAUCCACUUACUCUGAAGUGAGGACAAAGUUGAAAUUGUCCAAAUGUCCACCUCCCGGUUAAGAAAAAUGCCUGGAAGAAAAAUAAAAACUCUCACCCAAUUAGAUUUUCCGAUCUUUAAAAAUGUGACUGUCGUCUCAAAAUUAAGAGGAAAAAAUGAGUAGGAACCAAGGGUUAAAUUUCAGUUUCUUCUGUGUGUCCUCCUCCUCCUCCUCAGCUGGUGACCCUGGUCCAGAUGUGGGUGGUUCCUCUUUAUUUCACCAUCAAACUCUACUGGUGGAGAUUCCUGUCCAUGUGGGGGAUGUUCUCCGUCGUCACCAGCUACGUCAUCUUCAGAGCCACCCGUAAGCCGCUGUCCUGCAGGACGCCCAGGUGAGAUCGAUCGUCUCGACCUGUCUGUGGUCUGAACUUGGUCUCACUCAAACUGAGGAAAUAAAGGUCAUAUCAUUUGUGUUUUUAUCAGGAUGGUCUACAAAUGGUUCCUGUUGAUUUACAAGCUGAGCUAUGCCGUGGGCAUCCUGGGCUACCUCGCCAUCAUGUUCACCAUGUUCGGCUUCAAUGUCUUCUUCAGGUGAGGCGGGACAGGCGCGAUUAAGAGGAUCAACAUGUCUUUAUUUUGAAAAUGAGACUGAGAUGCUUUAAAAUGACUGAAGAGGCACAAAAAGGACACUAGGGGGUGCUACAGUAUCGUUGUAGAGACUCUGACAGAGGUUUACAGGAGCCAGUAGAAGAGGAUAAACACAGAUCUGUGUCUGAUCGACUGAAUUAUUGACCCACAGUUUGUGUUAAAAAGAAAGACGAAACCUCGAUUCCUGAAGAUCAAACUUUAUUAUAUUUGUCUGAAAUUGUUUUAUAGUGAUUGAAACGGUUUUUGCUUGUUUUUAAGUCGGUGAAAUUGUUGGUUUUUUGAGAAUUUGCUGCUCCAUGUGUGAACUAUUUUCCUCUCCAUCACCAUUAAUGUUUAAUUAUAUACAGAAAUAUCAACUUCUUAAGCUCUUUUCUGCUCAAACUGAUUCUAUUCAGCUUCGAUCUUUGCUCAUAUUUUCCCACGUCGUUUAUUUUUCAAACACUCUUCACAUUUUAACGUUAAUUUUCUGUUUCGGUCUUUAUCAGGAUUAAAGCCGAGGACUCGAUGGACGUCGGCGUGAUCAUGCUGUUUUAUGGCCUCUACUACGGCGUCAUGGGCCGAGACUUCGCUGAAAUCUGCUCCGACUACAUGGCCUCAACGAUCGGGGUGAAAAAACACACUCAGGAGCAUCUAUAUCACGUGUCAAACUCAUUUUCUGUGGCCUGCGAGUGUUUCAUUGGUCUUAAGAAUCUGUGUUAAAAUAGGUCUGUGCUGCUUUAAGGUGUGCGUUGACCGCAAACUGCAUUACCCACAAUGCAUGACGAUUGAGUUACCUGCAAAGUGGCAGCAUCCCAUCACUUGAUUGCAAUGUAUCAUGUAUGUGACGGGCGAAGUUGAGAUUGAAAUAUCCACAAAUGCGGAUGAGGGGUUGAUUCAGAUGGAAGUUACCGUAUUUUUCGCACUAUAAGGCGCACUUAAAAUCAGCACUGCACCUACCGUAGCCUCGCCGAGUUAUUGAAUGAGUUAAAUAAAGUUUGAUUUAUCUGACUGUGCGCCUUAAAGUAUUAAAAUAGACGCGUUCAUUGAUGGUGCGCCUUAUAGUAUGAAAAAUACAGUAGUUUGAAGAAAGAUGGGAAAGCGAAUUCAUGUUUGUGUUCCAAGGAGAAAAAAAACAAUGUUUUUUUGUGUACUGAGGCGGUGUGUCGGUCGUCGAAGAGUAGAAUCAACAUCGGCAUUUUGACACCAAACAUGGCGCCAAGUGUGUCAAAGUUAGCCUUCAAGAAAAGUGAGAAAUUGACGAAGAAUUAAAAGUUAAACUGUGAAUUGAGUCAACCCUUCUUUUGUUAUUUUAUGACGUACUAAAGGUAAAUCUAUGUCCACAAAGGUUUACUCCUGCAAGGCUUUUGUUUUUGUAAACUCCGUCGCAAAACACUUUUUUAAACAAAGUUCGUCAUAACUUUUAAUGAUAUUUUUCUUUAUCUACUUGAAGAGUUUUGUCGUUGAUCAGUGGAGUAAUGUGGGUUUCUUAAGCUGACAAAUUUAAAGGAUUUAUAUGAAAGUAACGGAGCAACAGGCAAACCCUUUUUUUUUCUUUCACACCUAUAAUAUUUGUAAAAGGGCCCGACCGAUUUGGAUUUUUUUGGGGCUGAUACCGAUUAUUAGGGGGGCAAAAAUCUGACUACUGAUUUAUCGGACGAUUUUUUAAAAUUUUUUUUAGUAAGUUAUAAUAAGGCCGACAGGAAAACCUACUGAUGAAACUCGAACCAGAAAAGCGGUUUCAACCCGAAAAUUUGCGAGUUUUGGCCCAUUACCGAUUAGUCUCAAACGGGCUAAAAUUGGCUGAUUAAUCAGCUUGCCGAUAAAUCGGUUAGGCCCUAAUUUGUAACUUAAAUAACUAAAAAAUACAUAGUUAUUUAGCGAUAUGUUAGGGCGUUGCUACCUUUAUUUUCUGUCAUAUUUGGUGACAUGUAUUCUGUCUUAUGCUGAUGUGGCCUUCAGGAAAAUGAGUUUGACACUCCUGAUCUUUAUCUUCCGGGUCUUCUAAGAACUAAUCUUGUCUUGCUCAGUGAACGUGACCUUCUGUUGUGAUUGCAGUACUAUAACAAAGGGGGCAUGCCCAGCCGGAGUCUGACCAACGAUAUUUGCGCCGUGUGUGGUCAGAGGAUCCUGGUGGACGUCGAGGAGGAAGGAUUUAUUGAGGACACAUACCAGCUCUCCUGUGGACACAUGUAUCCUGAAUUGACCUCCACUCCAUAAUCGUGUCUUUUUAUGCUCAGUGUUUUGUCAUUUUCAGUAUUUCCACCUUAACUCAUCCCGCCCUUUCAGAUUCCACGAGUUUUGCAUCCGCGGCUGGUGCAUUGUGGGUAAGAAGCAAACAUGUCCGUACUGCAACGAGAAGGUUGACUUGAAGAGGAUGAUGAACAACCCGUAUCCUUUUACCGUCUGAUGAGUGUGGUUACUGAACAUCAGGAGAAAGCAGCUGUUCUAGCAAAAACCAGAUUCAGAAUCUGAGUUAGUUCCAGUUUUUAGAAGAAAUCUUGAAUGUAAACUCUACCCCUCCCAACCAGUUUUCCCCUCAGCUCCUCUUCUCAAGCCCCGCCCACAAACAGACGCUCCUGCUCGCUUGUAUCGUUCCAAUUAAAUUCAGAUAUAAUGCAGAUAAAUACUUCAGAUCAUUACAAAUGGGGCCCAGUCAAGGUGAAAGUCAAAAGCAUUGGUGCUACUGUAGAUGCCAACAGAUUUAAUUCCUUAAUUCAAACAUCUUCUAUCAGCUGGGAGAAGACUCAUGUUCUGUACGGACAGCUGCUGGAUUGGCUAAGAUACCUUGUUGCCUGGCAGCCGAUCAUCAUCGGUAUCGUUCAUGGGAUUAACUUCACGCUGGGCCUGGAGUAG